ACCUGAGAUCGACGUACAACAUGUUUCGGAACCUCAGUUUGCUGCUGUUGUUCUGCGUAUAUAGCUGUCACAGUAGGGUUCCAAAGAAUAUAGCGUUGUGGAAGCCUGCCAAACAGAGUUCUACCUACGCCAGUGGUGCAUAUGUUCAAUUUCCCUUCUAUGCUGUCGACGGUGAAUCAAAAAACCUGGCAUGGCAAUUAUGUUCACAUACUGCCUGUUCCGGUAAAGUACAACCCUGGUGGCAAGUUGACUUCGAGAAAAGCUAUAACAUUGGCACAGUCACAAUAACUAUGACAUCUUAUGGAGUCAGCCUCGUUGAUUUCUUAAUCACUGUAUAUCUGGAAGACCCGACGACAACUCCGUUAGCCAAGCCUCAACUUUGCUACCAGCACAGCGGUACCGUACAGAAAGGUGCUACAAUUGCUGUUCACUGUCAAAAGUUUGUCAAAGGACGAUUUCUGAGAAUCACAAAUCAUAGAGGGUCCAGUGACGUGGCUUGUAUCAAUUUAUUAAUUUGUGAUGUCAAAGUAACUGCAGUGAACGAGCAUUGUCCAAAAGGAUUUGUCAGAAAUGAAGAUUCCUGCUUCUGGUUUUCCCCAUACGCUACGAAAUGGAUCAGUGCCCGGAGCUAUUGUAAGGUUCUGGGUGGUGAUUUGGCCGUUGUUGACAAUCAAGACACAGACAACUUUCUUGGGGGAUAUCUUAAGAGAAUCGCAAAGAAAAAUGCAUGUUACUACCUGGGCGCCAGUGACAUAGCCGUUGAGAACAACUGGAAGUGGGUGGACAGGAAAGACCAUCACAUGCACUACUCCAACUGGGCAGUGGGCCAGCCCCAGUCACAGCAUAUUCAUGAACACUGUCUGGCCGUGAACGAAAGCUCACGCUUUAAAUGGCACGAUAUUAUCUGCAGUCUCAAGAAUUACUUCAUCUGUGAAGUGAAGCCAUGAUUUCGUUCUCAGAAUGAAUAAAUAAAUACAGUCGAACCUAUUUAUAAAGCGACUUGGGCACAUAUUGAAAUGGCUAUCAAAUUUGGCCUUUAAGCACAAUUGGUCUUUGUAUCAACUUUAAAAAAUGCAUUUGCCUAUAUUAUAAUCAUGAGGGAAUAUAUCUGGGUAGGUGAUUAUUAUAAAAGGAGUCAUUUAUGAAAAAGAUCGACUGUAUCAGUAAAACCAAA